AUGCUCUCACGUGUUGCUGCAGUGAUGGCACCCCGCACACACAACCGUCGCCGCGUGACCGGAUCCAGCGGGAGGAGGAGGGAAGGAAGAGAGAGUGAGCCGCGGAUGCCCGACAUGUCGCGGCAUCUCUUCUACUCUGCGGUGCUCCUCCUCGUCGUGAUGAUGUGCUGCACCGCUGGAGGAGCUGCGGAAGCUGAGGAGCAGUCAUCUGCUCCAAAGUUUAAAUGGAAAGUCGUCAAGGAUGAGGAUGGUGUAACUGUGGAAUCGUUGGGUGUUCCCGGCCUUUUGAAAGUGGGGAGUGACGUGUUUGCCGUUGCCGAGGCAACGUGCGGGAAAGAGGAUGCUGAGGAUCACACUUUUAUUGGCAUUGCAUCCCAACUACUCACGAUGGAUAAGGGUAAAGAAUCAAAGGAGGAAUUUCCUAAGGAUGCCAAAAAGGGGACAAAAGUUUUGGAGAAGGACGUUUCCAAAGGCGAGAAGAAGAAAGUGGAUGUGAGCCGACCAACAACAGUUGUGAAUGGAAAAGACAUUUACAUGCUUGUUGGAAAAUACAGCGGGAAACCCGCAGCCGGUGUUUCUGUGGAGGGUGGAGCAGAUGAUUCUGGACUUUUGCUGGUGAAAGGGAAAGUAGGUGAUGAAACAAACAAACAAAUUGACUGGAAAGAGACUACGGAUUUGUCACGGGCAGCUUUUGGCAAAGAACUUCAAUCCUUGGAAGGACUGAUUGGAAGUGGUGGAUCGGGAUUUGAGAUGAAGGGCGAUAAACUUGUGUUCCCAGUGGAAGGCAUGAAGAGUGUAAAGGAGGGAAAGAAGAAAGCCGUUUCGUUGCUCAUAUACUUUUCGGCCAAUGAGGGUUGGAAGCUGUCGAAGGGGAUGUCUGACGGUGGCUGCAGUGAUCCCUCCGUCGUGGAGUGGGGAGAGAAGGACAAAAAACUCAUGAUGAUGACUGCGUGUGAUGAUGGCCGCCGCAGGGUGUACGAGUCCGGUGACAAGGGGGAGUCGUGGACGGAGGCGCUCGGGACACUCUCGCGCGUGUGGGGCAACAAACAUGGCCAAGAAGCGAAUGGCGUUAGAAGCGGGUUCAUCACAGCGACGAUUGGCGGUGUUGAUGAUAAGAGAAAUGUGAUGCUCGUCACUCUGCCGGUGUAUUCCAAGGAGGCUGAUACAGGAGGCAAUCGAAAGGGAAAACUCCAUCUUUGGCUGACGGACAAUACGCACAUUGUUGAUAUUGGACCGGUAUCCGGUGAUGACGCUGCCGCCAGCUCCCUGUUGUACAAAAGUGCUGGAAGUGGAGAUAAUAAGAAGGAGGAGAAGUUGAUUGCACUGUACGAGAAGAAGAAAGACGAUGGGAAACCAUCACACAGUCUUUGGUCUGUGCUUCUGACUGAGCAGCUGCAGCGUGUGAAGGUUGUGCUGGCGACGUGGAAGAAAGUGGACGAAACUGUCUCCAAGCUGUGCACCUCAAGUGCGGAGGAGGAACGUUCAACUGAAAGUGACUGCAGCGCUUCCAUGCCUACGGACGGGCUGGUUGGCUUUUUGUCCGGCAACUUCUCUAAUGAAACAUGGAGGGACGAGUACCUCGGGGUGAACGCCACAGUGAAGAAUAAUGAUGGGGGUAAUAAGGCAACAUUGCAUGAAGGCAGUGUGAAGUUCCGGGGAGCGUGGGCGGAGUGGCCUGUUGGCAAGCAGGGGGAGAAUCAACUGUACCACUUUGCGAACUACAACUUCACUCUUGUGGCGACGGUGUCCAUUGACGGUGAGCCGAAGGAGGGUUCUCCCAUUUCUUUGAUGGGAAUGAAGAUGAUUGAUGAUAAUAAUACAGUACUCCUGGGACUGUCGUACAACGGCGGAGGGAAGUGGAAAUUGCUGUGCGGUGGCGAAAACCGUAAGGAGCUCAGCAGCACUUGGGAGAAGGAGGCAACGCACCACGUGGUGAUUUUGUUACGGAACGGCACCCAAGGCUCCUCGUACGUUGAUGGUCAGCGUGUGGGUGAGGAUGCACAAUGUGAUUUGAAAAGUGCGAAAGAUAAAAGGAUCUCCCACUUCCACAUUGGAGGGGAUGGAGGUGCAAAAGCCGAUUCAGAGGUCCAAGACGUCUCUGUGACUGUGACGAACGUCCUGCUGUACAACCGCCCGUUGGAUGACGAUGAGAUUAAUGCGCUUAACACAAAACCUUCUAUUCCAAAAGCAAGAGGUACAAAAACAGUGAAGGAGGGUACUCAACCAGUGGUAAGUAAACAAGUUACGCUGGAAACCGAAACUCCGUCUAGUCUUGGCGGGCAACAGCGGACUGAACAGGGCUCGUUGAGGACAAGUGAAAAUGCGAGGAGUAGCGUUUUAUCCACGUCAGCGGUGUCCAGUGUCACGAAUUCCCCAGCAGCCAAAGAGUCCGAAAACCAGUCAGUGUCGGGAAAAUUUCCCGAAGGAAAUCCAAAUGUGGAUGUUGAUUCUUCGUCCGAGGAAGUUCAAACGGUGGAUGCCGAAACUGGAGACACGGUGCAGGGAGAUGGAACACAACAACCGUCAGUGGGCACUUCCGCCACAGCAGAUACAAAUGCCCCUACCGCUGAAAUCAUGGCGCCAGAAGGAACUGCAGUGACACCUGAGGUGGGAGCGCACUCUGGUGAGGAUGGGGAGACAAGAGGAGGAACGGAUGUGCAGAAAGAGGGAAUCCAUGCACAGGAAAAGGAAGUAAAUGCUGCGGCACUCAGCAGCAGUCUUGGAAAUGUGUCGCAGGGGAAUAACAGCGACGCCGGCACUGUGCGUGAGAGCGGACUGCCGUCGCUGCUCCUUCUGUUGGGACUGUGGGUGUUUGCGGCUCUGUGA